AUGACGGAGAAAUCAAAGAAGCUUCCCUCGCCCUCUGCACCCGCCGAGGAAGUGCGCGAGUAUAUCACCCAACUCCUCGUCACAAGAUACAGCACCCCCGUCGACAUCGCCGAGAAGCACGCCAGUAAAUGGGAGAUUGGCACAUUCUCGCAACUGAGCAACGCGUCGCCGCGGAGCCUGUCGGAUAUCUUCAACACCAAUGUCGGUCUAUGUCUGGGCAACGCACUCCAGGAUGAUAUGCGCGACUAUCUGGAUGAGCAGCCGUCGGUGAUUGUUGCCAAGUAUGCUCUCUGGGCCUCUGUUGUGAUCCUAGCAUCCGUUCUGCUCCUCGCGCUUGCUUCGUCGCAGGGAUUCCCAUUUGCGCAGGGUCGGGCUUCGUGGGCAGUGUCUCCAUUCCCUUGGUACUUCUUUAGUUUCUCCACGGGCUACUAUGCCUACAAGCACAAGUUGAGGGAUACCAGUAUCGCAUUCUGCAUUGUUGGUGCUUAUUUCGCACUCAUUAUUGGAUUUUGCGCUUCCCUUAGAUGA